AUGCUGCUUUGGAUUCUGUUGCUGGAGACGUCUCUUUGUUUUGCUGCUGGAAACGUUACAGGGGACGUUUGCAAAGAGAAGAUCUGUUCCUGCAACGAGAUAGAAGGGGAUUUGCACGUAGACUGUGAAAAAAAAGGGUUUACCAGCCUGCAACAUUUCAGCGCCCCAACUUCCCAGUUUUACCAUUUAUUCCUGCAUGGAAAUUCCCUGACUCGACUUUUCCCUAAUGAGUUUGCUAACUUUUACAAUGCAGUCAGUUUGCACAUGGAAAACAACGGUUUGCAUGAAAUUGUCCCUGGGGCUUUUCUAGGGCUGCAGCUGGUAAAACGUUUGCAUAUAAACAACAAUAAGAUAAAAUCGUUCAGGAAACAGACUUUCCUGGGGCUGGACGAUCUGGAAUAUCUCCAGGCAGAUUUUAAUUUAUUAAGGGAUAUUGACCCGGGAGCAUUUAGGGAUUUAAACAAGCUGGAGGUGCUGAUUUUAAAUGACAACCUCAUCAGCACCUUACCUGCCAACGUGUUUCAGUAUGUGCCGAUCACCCACCUCGACCUCCGGGGAAACCGACUUAAAACCUUGCCUUAUGAGGAGGUCCUGGAGCAGAUCCCAGGCAUUGCUGAAAUUCUGCUGGAAGAUAACCCCUGGGACUGCACUUGUGAUCUGCUAUCCCUGAAGGAGUGGCUGGAAAAUAUACCCAAAAAUGCUUUGAUCGGCAGAGUCAUUUGUGAAGCUCCUACUAGGUUGCAGGGCAAAGAUUUGAAUGAGACCACAGAGCAAGAGCUGUGCAGGAAAAACAGAGUGGAUUCUAGUCUAGCUGCUCCCCCUGCCGAAGAGGAAACCUGUGAUCCUGGUCCCAUUCCAACCCCCUUUAAAAUACAUGGCAUAGAAGAUCCUGCCACUCCCGGAUCUGCUCCAAACGGAGGUACAAAGAUCCCAGUCAACUGGCAAAUCAAGACCCGACCCACUGCUGCGGGCUCGACAAUUAGCGUGAAAAACAAGCUACCGACUAGCAUGCCCUGUCCGGAGAUCUGUAGCUGCGAUCAGAUCCCUGGCUCGGGUUUAAAGGUUAAUUGCAACGAAAGAAAUGUGAGCAGUUUGGUAGCUUUGAAACCCAAGCCGUCCAAUGUGCAGGAGCUGUUUCUGAGAGACAACAAAAUACAUACAAUCAGGAAAUCCCACUUUCUGGAUUACCGGAAACUUAACCUAUUGGAUCUGGGGAACAACAACAUCGCUACUGUGGAGAACAACACCUUCAAGAAUCUCUUCGAGCUCAGGUGGCUGUACAUGGAUAGCAACUACUUGGACACUUUGUCCCGCGAGAAAUUCACCGGGCUGCAGAACCUAGAGUAUCUGAAUGUGGAGUUUAAUGAGAUCCAGUUGAUUCAGCCCGGCACCUUCAAUGCAAUGCCCAAGCUCCGAGUCCUAAUCCUCAACAACAACCUGCUGAGGUCCCUCCCCGUGGAUGUGUUCGCUGGGGUCUCGCUUUCCAAGCUGAGUAUACACAAUAACUAUUUCAUGUAUCUCCCGGUGGCGGGGGUAUUGGACCAGCUCACGUCCAUCACCCAGAUCGAUCUGCAUGGCAACCCGUGGGACUGUUCGUGCCCGAUUGUGCCUUUCAAACAGUGGGCAGAGAUGCUGCGCCCCAAGGUGGUCAUGAGCGAUCUGAGGUGUGAAUCCCCAGAGGAUUUCUUUAAGGAGGAUUUCGAGUCCCUUGCCAACGACGUGAUUUGCCCGCAGCUCAAAAUAUCGCCCACCUUCACUUCCAAUAACAAAAACAGCACCGGGUUGGCAGAGACAGGGACUCACGCCAACUCCUACCUAGAGACCAGCCGGGUCUCCAUUUCGGUGCUGGUCCCAGGACUCCUGCUGGUUUUUGUCACCUCCGCCUUCACAGUAGUUGGCAUGCUAGUGUUUAUCCUGAGGAACAGAAAGCGCUCUAAGCGGAGGGACGCCAACUCAUCUGCAUCUGAAAUCAAUUCCUUACAGACAGUCUGCGAUUCUUCUUACUGGCACAACGGACCCUACAAUGCAGAUGGAGCCCAUAGAGUUUAUGACUGUGGCUCUCAUUCUCUAUCAGACUAA